AUGCAAGAUUAUACGACGCAAUGGAAAAUCAUCUCUAUCACGUAUACUAUCGUGCAUGGCUUUUCCAGACGUCUCUUCGAUUUAAUUCUUGGAUCCAGAAGUGUUGUCGAGCUUAUUCUCCUUAAAGGUGCUUGUUUAAGAGAACUCCAGAUCAGUGGCAUAAAACAUUGCGAAGACGAUUGCAAGCGCUUCGAAAACGAUCGAAAGCGACAGCGACGGUCACUAUUCAAAUAUAACCGUUCACAUCAGGUUGCUUGUACGCCAUUAGCAAAACGAAAGCUAAUCGACAUGGCAUUCAAGUUGUCGAUUCAUUUGGUGACGCAUAAACCGCCUAAAACAACUCGUCGAGCUUAUACUAUCAUGCAGCCACGCCAUCGCAAUGGAUGGCCAAUUCGACGAGCGACUGCUGGUUUUGCAAGUUGUUUAGCAAAAGAAAUGUCGCUAACGUGA